AUGACCAUGAGCGGCUCACUCUUCAGCUGGACCGCAUACACAACACAAAGAGGACGACUACCAGCAAUUUUUGGUGGCAAGACACCCGACUUUAUCAUUGAUUUCGGACCGUUCGCAUAUGUUCGCCAUCCUGCCUACACUGCUUAUCUCCUGGGCUGGACUGGAGCCUUGACUGCGCUUGCAGGCAGGAAUGACGCUGGUUGGAGGGUCCCAGCCUUGGCUGUAUGUCUUCUGGGUCUUGUGGGUGUGUACCACACGGGGUCAGAGAUGGAGGAGAAGCAGAUUCUCUCGGGCGAAGAGAAUGAUGGAAAGGUCGACCUCGGUAAGAAGUACAAGGAGUACAUGGGCAAAGUCAAGUAUCAAUGGCUUCCUGGUUUGUUCUAA